CUUUCUCUCUCUAAAUUCCCAGUCUAGUUAAAAGUUAAAACCACGGGCGGUGGUGGUGGUGGUUAUGGCCGACGAAACGGUGGCGCCACCCAACCAGGCGUCGGACCUGAAAUUUCAACUCACAAAACUCGUUGAUGUUAUCACUGAAACCGCCGACUACAGUAUCGACACCAUCGAUCAUGCUAUUCGAGUAUUAUCCUCUCUCAGGAAUUCGAACCGCCAACCGGAGGAUUCUCUUCUGCAUUUCUCUGCAAAUCCAGAACAAGAUAGCCGACGCAUUUUCUCCACCGAAGCUUCACCUUCUAUCCCUGUCGUUUCCACCGCUGUUCCUGAAGUAUUCCGCUGCCCAAUUUCCGGCGAACUCAUGAUGGAACCUGUCGUUUUGGCCUCCGGACAGACUUAUGACCGGCCAUUUAUUCAGAAGUGGCUGAAGCAUGGAAAGAGAACGUGUCCUUUAACUCAAAAAAUGCUCAACGAUCCAAACCUUACCCCUAAUCACUUGGUAAGAGAAUUGAUUUUGCAGUGGUGCAAGGAGAACGACAUUGACCUCUCAAACACAUCUCCUACUAUUGAUGAUGAAGCAAUAAUGGGAUCCCAUCGAGCCCGUUUGGAUUCACUCUUGCUCAGACUAUCAUCAUCUUCUCUCCACGACAAGAAAGAAGCUGCGAAAGAGCUUCGAUCUCUAACAAAACGGAUGCCACAAUUCCGUGCCUUAUUUUGCGAGUCCCCCAAUUCAUUGUCAAAACUAUUGAGUCCUAUGUCUUCCUCUGAUAGUGUGAUCGCACAUCUCGAUCUUCGUGAGGAUUUGAUCACAACAAUAUUAAAUAUCUCAAUUCACGAGGACAAUAAGAAGCCGGUUGCAGAACAUCCACUCGUCAUUCCAUUCCUCGUCGAUUCGCUGUGUCUCGAAACAGAUGGUACUAGGAGAAAUGCUGCUGCAACUCUUUUUACGCUUUCAGCCUUGGAUUCCAACAAGAUUCUUAUUGGGAAAUCGGGUGCUAUGAAACAUUUACUCAACCUUUUAGACGAAAGAAAUGAAUUGGUUAUGAAAGAUGCUGCCUCAGCUAUCUUUAAUUUAUGCCUAUUAUAUGAGAAUAAAGGAAGGGCAAUACAAGAAGGGGCUGUUCAUAUUAUAUGGAUGAUAAUCGAGGAUGGUAUUCUAGUUGACGAGCUUUUAGCAAUUCUUGCAAGUCUUUCAACCCGAAUGAAGGCAGUUAAGGAAUUGAUUGAGCUUGGUGUUGUUCCUCACUUGCUUAGAGUUAUAAAAGAGACAACUAGCGAAGGAAACAAAGAGAACGCUAUUGCAAUAAUAUAUGCGAUUUGCUUAAAAGAUAAAUCAGUGAUGUUGGCUAUUAAGAAGGAAGAAAAUGCUAAUGGUUUGAUAUCAGGGCUUUUAACAAGUGGGACUUCAAGGGCUAAAAGGAAGGCACAUGGGAUCCUAGAGAGGCUUCUUUAAGGCAAAUGCUUGUAUAAUCUAAUCGUAUAUAUUCUCGCCCACCAUUUACAGAUACGCUUUCUCUUCUUUCCUUGUUUUUCUUCUUAGAAAAGUAAUGCAUAUACCACAUGAGUUUAUCUAUAUAGUUAAAUGUUGUCCAUACCCAUUAUAUUGGAAUUGUAUAUGAGGCUUUAUGAGAAGAGGUAAAUAGUAAAUAUUGAAACCAAUGAAAGGUGCAUUUUGUUGGGAUUUAUGGCUGGAGUAUUAUAUAUUAUUAAUCAGUAUGAUUGUUUGCUAUAGAAUCUUGUUUCCUUUUGAGGA